AUGUCGUGGGACGAUGAGGCAAAGCCCUGUACUGCGACUACAAGCGCUGGUGUCGAGAUGCCGAGUUUGCCAAGUUCUGCCCAGGUCACUUCUGAGGCCUUCCUGUCCCAAGACAGGAUGGAGAAACAGGAGCAAAGGUUGGCUGGGCCCGGAGAAGAGGAAUUCAGGAGUACAAAAGGCAUGAGCUCUUCUCAGGGGUGCUCGCCCCGAGAUCCAAGGUGGCGCGAUGCACAACUGAAGGAACGUUUGAACACCGCGAGAACUCUUCGCAAGGCCGUUGAGCACCAGUUUAAGGCAAAGCCAAAGCCAGCCACCAAAGACUGGGCUGGUACUGGAGUUGCCCACAAGCUCCGGAAAAGAGUGUUGGCAUCGGAAACUCUGGCACACCUGCUGAUGCAGCGCAUUGAAGGAACAGAGCUUUUGAUUCGAAGAGUGAAUCAGACGCUGUCCUUCCUGACACGAGAGCACGUGUCGUUGAAGUCUCCAAUUGAGAUGUGUCAUAGGAGGCUGGUGCUCCGGAAUCAACGCCCCGAAGAGGAGAAUGUUGAGGACGAAUUCCAGGUAGCUUUGGAGCGCGAAGAGCGCGUUCUCUCAUCAAGCAGCAAGCACCUCAGCAGCUAUAUCGAUGCCGGCGAGAGCUUGAAAGAGACACUGACGGCCGCCAAGGACGAGUUGGUAGAGGACAUGCAGUUCAAGAGGCACGCGCUUCGUCUGGAAAAGUCUGCGCUGCAAUUUGACCCUUACCACGGGCGAGAUCGAGCUUGUGUGCUGCCAAUGGUCGCAGAAAGCAGCAAGGUGAGAAAGAAGCAAAGCACUGCUACUGCUGAUGGGAACGUGCAAUCUGGCUACGACAUGCCCCCAUUCAAGUUUGGCACCACGCAUAAAAGCUUGGACAGAGAGACUUGGAGUGAAGACAGCACCGAGAACAUUCAGAGGUCAGUGAAGCACACGCAUGAGCUGUUGGAAAGGACCCAAGAGUUCGAAAAGGAUGCUUCCAAAUUUCUUGACCACGCGGCCGAGCUGGUCAGCCGUGUUAAGCAGCAGGUCAAGAAUGCUCGGGAAGCUUGUCAAUCCAGCAUGCAAGCAAGCAUCUUCAACUUAUCCCAGCAGAAGAGGGAACUGGAGGAAGGUGUCGCGCAAGGUCAGCUGGACGUCAAUCGAACAGAGGUUCUCCUCCAACACAUGCAGCAGGAAAUCAGAAGCCAGAAAGCGUCUUUGGAGCAAUGGGAUGAAACUCAAGAGAUUCCUCUCCAAAAGUUCGAUCAGCGGCUUCCACUGGCUAUACAACAGGACAUGCGCCUAAGUGCAGUCGAUCGCAUGCAGGAGCAAAUGCAUAACACCCGGAGCAAUGUCCACAUCCUGAGCAACAAGUGUGAAGAGACGAGAGAACUUCUGUCUCAGCUUCGAAGCUCCCAUGAACUCCUACAGAAGCACCUGACAGCCGUUACAGCAUCCUGGAACCUUGACAUGCAAUGCUCAAAGAUUAUGUUAAGCAAGGACGUCACUGCGUCAUCCCUUCUUGCAAGGACAGCAUCCUUUGUGCCGUCUGGCGGGCAGCUCUCCAAGGAAUCCUUGGAUCUGAUUCGCUCCAGGAUCAAAGCUGCGGCUUACGUCGGACCAAAGCAAGGUUUUGAUGUCAUCUUCAAGCGCUUUGACAAGGAUGGCUCUGGGACAUUGUGCUUUGAAGAGGUGAGGAGCGCCUUGCGUCGCAUACUCAGGAUUCCAACUUCCAGUCUCAACGACCAUCAGAUCUCAUCCUUGUGCAAAACGCUGGAUAGUAACGAUUCUGGCAGCGUUGACAUUGCCGAGCUCGUGGCCUUCCUUGGUGCAGCGCCUCUAGAAGAGAAGCUGAAGAACGAUGGCUUGGGCAAGAUUGGAGACAGCUCGCUCCAGCUGGAUUGCUUUGUCAAUCGCAAGCCCCGCCACAACAAGAGUCAGUGCGCACCAAAGCCCAUUGUUGGCUUGAGCAAGAACCCAUUGCCACAGAGUGUGGUGGAAACGCUUCGGUCGAAGAUCAAGGCAGCUGCCUAUAAUGGACAGCUCGGACGUGAGAUUCGAGCUUUGUUUUCCCGAUUUGACUACAAUGGCUCCGGAGUCUUGGAGGCGGAUGAAGUUCGCCAGGUGCUUCGACGAGCUAUGAGGAUCCCACCAAGCGUCAUUUCGGACCAGCAGAUUUGGAGGCUUUGUGCCAUGCUGGAUGUGGACAAGUCCGGUGCCAUCAGCAUCAGUGAGCUUACGCAAUUUGUGGGCAAGGAACCCUGA